AGUCCAGUCCGCUCCGCACAGCCGGAGCCGCCGGAGCAGCAGGAGCAGCAGGAGCAGCAGGAGCAGCCUUCCUCCCCUCCUCCUCCUCCCUUUUCUCCUCCCCCGCUGCUGUGUCAAAAGAUUAACAGACCCCCACACUGCAGGGAGGCGACAGCAUUCGCAGAUCCGGAUCCAGAUCGAGCCUCUGCAGGGGAAAACCCCCCCUCCAAAACCCGGAGAGUAUAGAACCGAGCCGAACCGGGAAGGAAGACAUCUGCGCUGAAAGCGAGGGGGAAAUCUUUUAACUAUGAGACGAGUUUUUGUUUUUAAUUCCUCAGCACCUUCAUCACCGGGCUUCUCGGUGGAGCUUCUCCCGGAGCGUGAGCGGCCAAAGACCCGGACAGUGACACUUUUAUCGGCUCAUCAUCGACACUAAAGGAGGGAGGGGGGAUCCACUUACUGGCCACCCGACUGCGCUUCUAAAUCACGCCAGGACGAUUGAGCCCAAGUGCAAUACGAAUGGUUUGGGCAUGGUGCCCACGCCCCAGGUGUGCGUAUCAACCCUGGUCACGGUGAGCACGAUGGCGGUGGUGGACCUCUACCUCCUGGAGCAGAGCAUGCUGGGAGCUCGCGGCAUGUCUGGACCCAGCGUGUGGCAGUACGUGGCGGUUCUGCUGGGCGACGCCUGCUUCCUGCUCGCCCUGCGCUUCGUCUCGGCCGGCGUGGUUUCCGAGGCGCAGUCGUCGCGCCGCGGUUUCGCCAACGCCCUGUGGUUCCUCUUCCUGUCGCUGCUGCAGCUGAAGCUCUUCUUCGUCUGCCACAACUACAGGCAGGAGCGGCGGCCGCCCGACCCGCUGGCCAGGAAGACGCUGACUCUGCUGCUGUCCAUCUGCCUGCCCUCCCUGUUCCUCAUCCUCACCGGCGCCGAUCACAUGACUCCUCAGCGCAGGAAGCAGGAAGUGCGGAGCCGGCUCCUGUGGGUCGUCGUCGACCUUCUGGACGUUCUGGACCUGCAGGCGGGGCUUUGGGAAGCCCAGGGCGGGUCUGGAGGCGUUGUUGAGCAGAGGCUGCCGAUCUGGGCGGAAGGCCUUGUCUUCUUCUACUGCUACGCGCUUUUGCUGCUGCUGCCUUGCGUGGCGCUAACGGAGCUGGGCGCCACCGGGCUGCCCGGGCAGAGGGGCCCCCGCCGGGAGGCUCUGUACCCCUGGCUCAGCUUGGUCACCAUCAACAUCUUCACCCUGGCUCUUCGGGGAACCGGCAUGCUGUGGUACAGAGACUCCCGCGUGUCGACUGUGUUUCUAGGGAAAAACUUACUGGCGCUGGCCGUGAAACUGAGCUCAGCCUGGGAGAAACACAAGCAGGAGCGCGGCGCUUCAGGAGCCAGAACCGUGGCUGGAUCGGAACCAGAAGCCACCACCGCGCCGCCGAGCCAGAACUCAGAGCAGGACGAGGGCCAGGCUCAGGGGAAAGCUCCUCCUGCUCAUUUCCACACACUAACGCGCUCACAAAGCCACACUCUGUCCCACGUCAGCCUGGAGCCGACGGCGACCCCUCUGGGGCCGUCUUUUAUCUCCCAUGAACUGUAGAGAAUCACACCCAACAUGCAUGCAUGCAAAUACUGUAUGUACGCACACAGAGGCGUCACAAACCCUCCAGCAGACCGGAGCCGGCGUCGCCUCCCAGCAGAUAACAGCGGCGGGCAGAACGUGAAGCUGUGGAAAUGCAUUUGGCACGCUCGUCUGUUCGUGCAUUACAUCGCGCUGGGAGCAACUUGAAAUGCAUUGUUGUGAUUUGUGGGAUUGCAUUUUUAGAGUCAACACUGUGAGCAGCACUGCCAGACUGUAAAGCGUAUUGUAGAGAUGUUGAAGCCUAGUGAGUACUCUCUGUUGUAUAAUGGAGGCUUAACUGCCUUACCUCUCUCAGUUUGUUGUCCUCUUGACAAAUAUAUUUUUAAACUUAUUUCUACUUCUUGUUAAAUAUCCGUUAGUAACGAAGUUGAAUUUUUACGGUUCUUUGGAGAAACUGGAUCAUUAGAUGCCAAAAUCUGUGCUGUGACCUUUCAGAACGCAUUUUCUGUCAUUCCACAUUAGAAAGAUUUAAUACAGAGACGAGGUGAUGCUUCAUUUUUCUUUUCCUUCGGUACCAAAGAGGCAAGAUUGAACAUCUAAAUGAAGAAAAGUCCCACUGUACCCUUCUGCACUGUGGUUUAUUGUUUUAAUGUAAAGUUUAACCCAGGUGAUGUUUCCCUGGCUAGGUAAUUCACAAUUCAUUUUAUGUGAAUAAAAAGUGGAAAGAUUAGUCAGAACAAUGGUAAUAUAAUGUACAAUGGGAAAAAUAAGUUUAGAACAUGUUGGUAAAAGUAUUUCUAAUGGGCCUUUGAAAUUCACACAAUUAAUGCAAAAAGUCUAGAAAGAAAUGAAAACGAUCACGUCCAUAAGAUAAGUUAUUUAUAAUAAGUAAAUAAGAAUAAAACAUAUCAUGCAAUGAGACAAAGAAAGCCAAAAAACAGCUGAAAUAAAUCCUGAUUUCUUCCCAUCACUGCAAAUUUAUAUCAACUAGUUCAGCUUUAAUUGAUGGCCUAUAAAAAGGUUUCUCAUUACAGAGUAAAGAGCUCCCUUAAAACCUUAUUGUUGCAAAAAUAAGAUAUACUUCUAACCUUAUGAAUGUCCCAGUUAGCACUAUUCCAGAUUAUUCUGUAAUCUGGAAGUGGAAACAGCAUAUUUUUAUCAUGAUCAAGUAUUAAUACAAUAUUUCUGACAGAGAAGUGGGAAGAAUAAUCAAAAGACGAAUUAAACCGAACAAAGUUUCCAUUUAAAUUCACUCAACUACAAUGGCGUUUGUACACACUCACAGCACAAGACUCCACUGCUGAAGAAAAAACCUAAUUUGGUCAGAUGGGGCCAAAACCAUUUGAAUGUGAGGAGGGAUAGAAAUCUCCGUCAUCCCAAAAACACAACACAAACGAAAGGUUGGAGGUGGAAGCAUCAUGAUGUGUGGCUACUUUUCAGCAUUUUUGGGAACAUAUCGUUUAUCAUUUAUCGUGAGAAAAUUCUUUAAAACUUUUUGAUACAUUUCAGUUAUUGAUGUUAAAUAAAAAGCAAAACUUACAUUAUGGUUGAAAAUGUUAUUUUUGUUAUUUUCUCAGCAUCAAUGAACAUUAGUAAAUUCAAAAACAUGAUAAAAUGCAGCUACUGUGUGCAGCUUAGUGAUGUAAUUUAUACUUUUCAGUAAGCAGGUGAUGAAGGCUUUUCGAAUGGGAACAAAAUCUGUGUUUUUGGUGCCAUGAAUGCUGUUCCAUGCUGUCACAGCCAAACAAUUGAUUAAAAAAUAAAAUUUUUUUUAUUAUAAUCUUAAUCAAAAUAUCGCAAUAAAACCUUCAAAUCCAUAUCGUUCACUCCUAAUACAGACUAGUUUCUCUAAAAAAGAUCUUGAAUAAAUCUUAAUUUCCCAUUUGUUAUUCCACUUUACUAAUUUUUUGGACUAGCUUGUGCUGCUUCUUUUAUAUAUGUGUGGUUUUACUGGGCUGGUUACUGACAUACUGGUGUGACUUUCAUGUGAAUGGGCCCAUUAGGAACAUAUGUACUGGGAACAGCCUGUGUUCUAUACUUAUUUUCCCCAGUAACUGCUAAUGUGAUCAGGAUGCCUUCUGGGCGCCUCACUUUGAAGAGUUUCUGGAUGCGUCCCACUGGAAGAAAACCUCCGGGCUGACCCAGAACGCACUGAAGGGAACACAUCUCCCUUCCGGCCCAGAAAUGCUCCAGAACCCCCUAUGGGCUUAUUACCUCCACAAGAAGUGGGAAGGAAUGCUGGAUGGAAGUACAAUGUUUUACUUUUAGUACUUGUAUCUUAUUUUAGGGGAUCUUAUAACUUCUAGGAUGCUUCUAGUCACUUUUGGUCACUUUUUGAUUAACACAAAACAACAAAUAAAAUAUAAACAUAAUGGCACAAAAGGAAGUUUGUCAAAUUAUCUGAAAGGCUUUCUGUCUUUCUGUCUCCAUGAUCAGAACAGACUGAGCGUCACUUAGAGAGACCUGCUAAAUACAUUUAUCAGUCAGUGUGACAUCAGAUCAUUGUGUUUGUUUUAACAGACCGUUGGGCUUGUUGCUCCAGUUCCUCCUGUCUGGAUAAAACUUUGGAGGAACCAGGAGUUGUUUUAGUUCAGGGAAAAUCUGAAGCUGCAUCUUUGCUGUGACUUGCAUACUAAGUCAGAAACCCUGAAGUGAUUUUAGCUCAGUGAGAAGCAAAAGUUUACUUUCA